AUGCUUAUACUUAAUAGCAACUCAGAAACGGCUACAGGUGCCCAACUUGACCUUGAUGUUAUCGGCAAAAUUGUGCAUUAUAUCACAUUUUUCAGCGACAGGGAAAAACGAACUACUCUACGAAGCAUGUCCGAACUUUCCCGCGACUUUCGUUAUGCUACUAAACCCUUGUUAUUCUCAUCUGUUACAUGGCCUUUGUCAAAGCACCAAGACGCUGGAUCUGGAUACAGCUUUCCUCCAGAGAUAUUAUGGCCAUACUUUCAGACUUUUAUAUUGGACUGGCCUGACGACUGGCGUGAUGAUUCUCUUGACAUUAUAGAUAAAGGACUUCUAUACUUAACCGGAUCUCACUUCCCUAAGGACCUGGUAAAACUCGAACAAGCACUCCCCAAGAUGGAAAACAUGCAAACCUUUCGUAUAACAUGCCCAUUUUACCUACCCGACUCCCUAUAUCUUGCCAUAUUACGAUCAACUAGUAUCAAGGACUUGCAAAUUCUUGAUACACCUUUCAAGAACGGUCCUCCUCCAAACAGUGUACCAUCUAAUUUCAAUGUUCAAAGACUUUCCUUCACCCCUGUCGGCGAAACUAACCGAGUGGGGGAGGGUCCGGUUGAUCGAAGAUAUCGUAACAUGAUCUAUUAUACCCGUCCGUACCGCAAAAACUAUUGGGAUCACAUUGGAGACCUAUUUCACUCCCGAAGUGUACUUGGAUGGGUCCGUGGAACGAUAUUUCGCUUAGCCUGUAUAGAGACGCUGACCUAUCUGCACGUCUCUGGGAGGUAUUGUUGGGUGGAGGACCUUAUUGAACUAUGGUGGCCUAGUCUUGAAACAUUAAUUUUGACGGGAUUAGAGUCCGUAUCAUACCGUACUUCACUAGCUGACAUUGUUGGAAGCAUGCCUAAGCUAGAAGACCUGCGGGUCCUCUUCAACGAACUAAGACCGUCCGGUGCUAGACGGAAGCUUGGGUUUAAAAUUGCGCCACAUGCCAGACAUAGAUCUCGACCAACAAUCUUUUCAACCAUCAGACACUUCGCGGCGUCAACCACAGCGUGCAACAUGGACUCAGCUUUGCAGUUCUUCUAUAAUUUGGAAUCCCUAGCUUUAAUAGCUAUCGCAAAACACCCAUCUCUUCCUAUCGCGUAUAGUCUGGAAUAUGUGGACAGCCUGUUGGACCAUAUGGAAGUAACCGGUUGCUCAAAACAUCUCAAGGUUCUCAGGAUUAUGUUGGAGGAUGAACCAUCUCCGGUGCUUUAUCGUCGAAUAGCAGUGGUAUGUCCGAUGCUUGAGAGCCUUGAGGUUGAAAUAUGUGGAUAUCAUGCCAGGGCAGAAGAGGGACAUAUUGGUAGAUGGAAAGAAUAUGAAUAUGCAUUUGAAAGAUAUGAGCAUAUUCAGCGCCUCCGAAUAGCCAUUCCAUUCCAAGAGGCUUAUGUGUACCACAAGGAUGCCGUCGAUCCAAAUGAUUGUAUGAAGGAGCCACGCCGCCAACUCGGAUUGCAUCUAGCUAGCAGGCUCCAUACUCUUUCCAGCGUUGGGUUUGAAUACCGUAUGCAGGUGGAAAGUCACAAAUUUGAAGAUAGGUGGUUGGACUUUAGCAUUCAACGCAUUUGGGACGGAUCUAUAGAGCUCCACGAACUGGAACAAUCCUGGUAUCCGUUCCCAGAGGUCUGGACAACGGUUCCACUGGAUGAUUAA